AUGGAAAUUCAGUUUGAUCUGUAUUCUCUAAGCCCUACCGUAAAUCAUUCCAUUGUUACUUCGCUUUAGCAGUACCAGUAGCAGCCAGCAUCUCAUCUCACCUCUGGAUCGCUUUUCCGCUAAAAUCAAAGGAAAAUGGGGAUCAUUGAGAAGAUUAAAGAAAUUGAGGCCGAGAUGGCCCGGACCCAGAAAAAUAAAGCCACAGAGUAUCAUCUUGGUCAGCUCAAAGCAAAGAUUGCAAAGUUAAGGACGCAGCUAUUGGAGCCUCCAAAAGGUUCAAGUGGAGGUGGGGAAGGUUUUGAAGUUACAAAAUUUGGUCAUGGAAGGGUUGCUCUUAUAGGAUUUCCAAGUGUGGGGAAGUCAACCCUUUUAACCAUGCUAACAGGCACCCACUCAGAAGCUGCAUCUUAUGAAUUCACAACGCUUACCUGUAUCCCUGGGAUAAUUCAUUACAAUGAUACUAAGAUUCAGCUGCUUGAUCUUCCUGGGAUUAUUGAAGGUGCUUCUGAAGGAAAGGGACGAGGGAGGCAGGUUAUUGCUGUUUCAAAGUCCUCAGACCUUGUGUUGAUGGUCCUUGAUGCAUCAAAAAGUGAAGGGCACCGGCAAAUAUUGACGAGGGAACUGGAAGCUGUGGGUUUGCGCUUGAAUAAAAGACCACCUCAAAUUUAUUUCAAGAAGAAAAAAACCGGGGGCAUUUCUUUCAACAGUACUCUACCCUUGACUCAUGUUGAUGAGAAACUUUGUUACCAAAUUCUGCAUGAAUACAAAAUUCACAAUGCAGAGGUGCUAUUUCGUGAGGAUGCUACAGUGGAUGAUCUUAUAGAUGUUAUUGAGGGAAACCGAAAAUACAUGAAGUGUAUAUAUGUUUACAAUAAGAUUGAUGUUAUUGGUAUCGAUGAUGUGGAUAAGUUAGCCCGACAACCAAAUUCAGUCGUCAUUAGUUGCAAUCUUAAGCUGAACUUAGACAGAUUACUUGCAAAGAUGUGGGAUGAGAUGGGCCUUGUGAGAGUCUAUACAAAGCCUCAAGGCCAGCAACCUGAUUUCACAGAUCCUGUUGUUCUCUCAGUUGAUAGAGGUGGUUGCACGGUUGAAGAUUUCUGUAACCACAUACAUAGGAGUUUGGUAAAGGAUGUCAAGUAUGUGCUAGUUUGGGGCACAAGUGCAAGACACUAUCCUCAACAUUGUGGUCUUUCGCAUGUUCUUCAAGACGAGGAUGUGGUUCAGAUUGUCAAGAAAAAGGAAAAAGAGGAAGGAGGGAGAGGCCGUUUCAAAUCACAUUCAACAGCUCCUGCUCGAAUAUCUGAUAGAGAGAAGAAGGCUCCCUUGAAGACAUAAACAGUGGUGCCAACAUGAGAUCCUUGUUGUCUUGUCUGGCAAAACAAGUAAUGUCAAAAAGAAGAGUAACAAUUGGCAUUGUUUUGGAAUAGUGAAAUCAAGCGGCAAUGUUGUAUUUUGCAGCUUUGAUUUCCGAUGAUUAGAUACUGUAUUUAAUCCUGUCUUACAUGUUAUAAACAAGUCAAUUGAGAAGCAGAGAAUAGAAUUUAGGUAA